GAAAGGCCUUUUUUCGGGUGUUGCCGGGCGAGAGGCAGAGAUUUCAGCCGCUGCCAAGGCAGCUGGAAAACCAUGCCUUUCCCUGGCCUCAGAUUUCUCUCCUCCGCUUCAAGCCCCUCCUUACUUUUCCAGGAGGGAGAAGAAGCUGUUGUGAAAGCAAGAGGGCCAUUCUCGCCCACUCCGGAACGUGGGGUCGGGUUCCCUUCUCUCUUUGUGGCUUCUUGGGUGUGAUCGGGGAGAGUAAGGCGCUGUGACCCGCCCCGGAAAGAGAGGAAAGCCAAACUGGCGGCUAGACUCCCUUGGUGGGGGAACGAAGCGCUUUCGGAACCCGUGCGGGCGGAGAGGAGUCGGGGAUGCCGGCGCUCGCCCUUGGGGCUUCCUAGCUGCAGCACCAAGAAGCAAGGCUUGGUGACAAGUGAAGCCCAACUCGAUGGUCUUCUAAUCUAAACCUUCUUUCAGCCCAAGCCGAGCCAUGGGCAACGAGACGAGCCAGUUCUUCGAGGACAACGAGGAUAGAGACGCCAACUUGAAUAGCACCUGUGACCCCAACUCGAAUAGCACCUGUGACACCAACUGGGAUGACACCUGUAACAAUUACCUGGAAAUUGAGUAUUUUAUACGGUUUUCACUUAUUCCAUCAGCUUUCAUCAUCUUAGUGCUGAGCUGUCUUGAGAGGAGAGCAAAAAGGUGUUGUUUUGAUGAAAAAUGUCCUAUUCUUAGUGGAUAUUUUGGCGUUAUCACGCCUCUUGACAGCAACGUGUACAGCAACCGGUGGUCCCUUGGAUGUGCAUUUGGAGUUACUGCUAAUAAAGUGAUGUUCCUGUUUGAUAAGGAUUACAUUCCAGAUUUCCUACCUAAUUGGGCUGUUGUUUUUUGGGUUAUAAUGACAGCUAUUGAAGUGGGCUUUUCUAUGUACCCUUGCUUUGCCUGUCUUUCCUCAAGAUACCCAAUUGUAGGAGCUGUGUUUGGAUUUCUUUACACAUUAGCAUGGUUGGUAAUUACAAUCCUAGAUAUUAUGCAGUGCCCUGAUGAAGAUACUGUGGGAGGAUAUAGCGAAGUAAUUGUAUUAUGGCCAUCCCUGGUAUGCUAUUUUUUCCUGCUAGGAAAAUUUAUUUUUAUUUUUGUGAAAGGCGUGAGAGAUCAUCUUGGCCUAGAAUCUAUGAGGGAGGAGAAUUAUCUUCUGGAGGAUCAUCAGGCACAGCAUGUCCAACUUCUGUUGAGGAAGCCUCCACUACAGCAGCCACAGAAAUCCUGGAUCAAAAGCAAGCUGUAUGAAUGGGAUUCUAACUUUAAAUUCCCAAGCAGGAUGAUCAGUACAGCCGUGCUUGUCAUCAUCUGCCUUUACAUGUUUGCCACUUACGAAUAUAUUUUCUUCUACUGGGCUUUUUUCGCACUCCAUUCUGUAGUCAGUUAUUUGAAUAUAUAUAUGUUUGCUGAUGGAUCUCCAGAUUCCAUGGAAAUUUCCUCUGCUAUCCAAGAAUUUGCAAGUGUUUUAGAAGGUGUUUGGAAGUUCAGCAUGUUUGCUUCCUGUUUCACAUGCCUCAUUUACAUAGCUCACCUGUUAGUCUGCUACAGAACACAAAUAAGACUGCUCCGUGCAGGCAAGAAGAUUCUUUUUCUGUCCGAUGAUUUUAAGGUGUCGCCUUCUCACAGUGUGGUUUCAUCAGGAAAAUUUAUCUCUUGGCAAAUUGCAUUUAUGAUAUGGGGAUUUGUAAUCAUGCAACUAGUGAUGGUGGUGUUUGGUAUGGUUAUCAUGUAUAUUGCGAUUUUGCCCAUGAUACAUGGUCGGUGGAAGGAACUUCUUGACAAGUGGGGAACUGUGAUCCUUUCUCUUGCUAUUGUUAUGAUUAUCAAGAAGCUGCAAGUUUUUUUGGCUGGCAUUUUUUUCCUUCAGCCGAAGCUUUUACCAAAAGACAAGCAAAGACCUUUGGCACUUGAUAACAGGAAAGCAUUCGUAAACUUCAGCUAUUUCUUAUUCUUCCACUCUGUGGUGGUGGGAUUCACCUCCUCUCUCAUGAGAUUGCUCCGCAGCAUCGUCAUAGGAACAUGGUUAAUUGGACGAGUAGACAGGCCUGUGAUGCCAAAGGGCUUUGAAACCUGUGAUAAUGGGUUCAAUACCUGGGUUCAAAUGCUGUUCCUGGACCACUACCACACAAAUCCUGUUCUUGUUUGCUUUUGCCACCUCCUUGAUACUCAAAAUCAAGAAAAGCAAAGUUGGAAAGCCACCUCUAACUUUACUAUCAAUGAGAUGAAAAGAACAGGUUAUCGGGUUUCAUGCAGAGCCAGGACAAGAUGGCUGCUAUUCUAUACACUUUUGAACAAUCCCAGUCUGCAGAAAUUCAGGAAACCAAGAUCAGAUCCUCAAUCAGUGGAUUCACUGCAGAAUUUUUCUGACAGUCUUUGCAUUUAAUCCAGAGCCAUCUAAUAAGGUGUUUGUGGAAAUACAGUUUCCUCCAGCUUGGGGAAUUUGUAAUAUGGAAAAUCUGGACUUGGUGCUACAAGGUGCCACAAAAAGUCAACAUUUUAGUUGCUGGCUACUUGCUUACACCCACCUGCCUUACUCCAAAUUGGCAUCUCUUGUGUAUCCAGUAUUUUAUAUCUCAUCAUGUACCCAAGAUGUUUAGCUCCUUUGGCUGGUGGAAUUGGAACUUGUGCCACAACUACCAUCUGCCUGUGACAAAGAACUGGUAGGAUCUCAAGCCUGAAAACGUUACAGAAAAUGAAAACGUCAAACUACUCUGGAACUUCUGAAUUCAGACUGACAGGGUUUUGGAGCACACUCCUGAUCUCAUGAUCAUGGAAAAAAAAAAUAAGGUAUAGAUUGUCAAUGUUGAAAUCCCAGCAGAAUUGAAGAGAAGCAACUGGAAAAGCUGACAUGAUAUGAGCAUUUUAAAGAUCGAACUGCAAAGACUGGCACAAGCCAGUAAAGGUGGUCGCAGUGGUGAUCAGCACACAGGGUGCAGUGCCGAGAGACCUUGGCCAGCACUUGAAAACAAUCGGCACUGACAAAAUUACCAUCUGUCAGCUGCAAAAAGCCACCCUACUUGGAUUAUUCACCAAUACAUCACAUAGUCCUAGACACUUGGGAAGUGUUCAACAUGUGAUCCAAUACAACAGCCAGCAUAGUAAUCUUGUUUGCUGUGUACUAAUCUUGUGUAUAUAAUAAUAACAACAACAACAACAACAACAUUUAUAUCCCACCACCAUCUCCCAAAAGGGACUUGGUGCGGCUUACAAAAGCAUGUAUUAGUGCUGUAAACACUAAUAAAAUUAUAUAUAUAUAUUGUAAAAUUAUAUACAAGGCUUGUGUUGAUAUAGAGAAGAAAAGCAAACCCAGAGACAAAACUUCAUGUGCUCAUAGAUGGUCACUUGCUUUAUUUGUUUUAAAAAGCUCAAUGCAUUUCAACUAUUAACAGGGUUGGCCUUCCUAAGGGGCUAAACUAAAAUUUUCAAAUAUUUCAGUUUAAUACAUUAACAAAACAUAAUUUGUUAUAUUCUCUAAGAACAUAUCACUUUAUUCUACAUGGAGAUACCAUUAUUCAGACAUUUUGGAAUUACUUAAUGGUCCAUUUCAUUGGAGAGUAUAUUAUAUAAAGAGAACUAGACAUUAUCAUCCCUGGAUGUAUACACCUGGACUUAGGAAGUCUAAAGAGAAAAGAAGUGGAAAUCCAUUUUUGUUUCAUAUAUAAAAUACAUUGCCUGAAGGUAACUUUGUAUUUUUAAUAUCUUAUAUGCUCAUGUAUAAGUCUAGCAUUUUUAGUAAAAUCAACCAUGGUGGUGAAACAGAUUAAAUUGCUGAGCUGAUGAACUUGCUGAUCAUGGUUCGAAUUCACAGGACGGGGUGAGCUCCCACUGUUAGCCCAAGCUUCUGCCAACUUAGCAGUUUGAAAAUAUGCAAAUGUGAGUAGAUCAAUAGGUAGUGCCUCAGCAGGAAGAUAAAUACAGUUCCAUGCAGUCAUGCCGGCAACAUGACCUAGGAGGUGUCUACAGACAACACAGGCUCUUUGGCUUAGAAAUUGAGAUGAGCACCACCCCCCCAGAACCAGAGAUAAGUACCACCCCUAGGAGCCAGAAGGAGAAGCCUUUAUUUUUAUCUGUGUUUCACUGUUUCUAGGCAUUGAAUGUUUGACUUUGUGUUGUGUGUGCUGGAAUCUGCCCUGAGUCCCCUCGGGGAGAUACGGUGGAAUACAAAGAUUAUUAUUAUUUUUAUUCCCAAAACUUGGGUCAACUUAUCCACAAAUCAGUGGGAGUGCUAUACCUUGGCUGUUAACAAAAAAAUGAACCGUCUUCUUUGAAUAGAGUGGCAGGAUCCUAGUACAUCCCAGGUGAACUUAAAAGUAGCACCAAACUCUUCUGCGCUCUUUACCAUGGUACAGCUUUUGGCCUUUUGGAAUGCUUUAGAGAAUGAUGGCAACCCCCAAGGCGACAUUGGCAUUUCCCCCUCUUUGGGGAAAUGACCCUCAAUUUAUCAAUGAGGCAUAUUAAAAUCCAUAGUUUUGGCCCCCAAACAUGCUCAUAACUUAUGCCUGUGUAUAUACAAUAUACAAUACCCAGAAGGUGUUGAUAGGGGACAGCUGUUCGGCUCCACAACCGUUGUCUUGUGGAGUCCCACAGGGUUCAGUACUGUCCCCUUUGUUGUUUAACAUCUACAUGAAGCCACUGGAUGAGAUCAUCCGGAGUUUUGGAGUUCGGUGUCAUCUGUACGCAGAUGAUGUCCAACUCUAUCACUCCUUUUCUCCAGCUUCCAAGGAGGCCGUCCAGAUCCUGAACCGGUGCCUGGCUGCUGUGUCGGACUGGAUAAGGGUGAACAAAUUGAAGUUGAAUCCAGACAAGACAGAGGUCCUCCUGGUCAGUCGUAAGGCCGAACAGGGUAUAGGGUUACAGCCUGUGCUGGAUGGAGUCGCACUCCCCCUGAAGGCGCAGGUUCACAGUUUGGGUGUCCUCCUGGACUCAUCGCUGAGCCUGGAACCCCAGGUUUCGGCGGUGGCCAGGGGGGGCUUCGCACAACUCAAACUUGUGCGCCAACUGCGCCCAUACCUUGGGAAGCCUGACAUGGCCACGGUGGUCCACGCUCUGGUUACAUCUCGUUUGGACUAUUGCAAUGCGCUCUACGUGGGGUUGCCUUCAAAGACUGUUCGGAAGCUGGAACUAGUCCAACGUUCCGCAGCCAGGUUAUUAACUGGAGCGCCGUACAGGGAGCAUACAACUCCUCUGUUGAAGCAGCUCCACUGGCUGCCUGUUAGCUUCCGGGCACAAUUUAAAGUGCUGGCUUUGGCCUACAAAACCUUAAACGGCUCUGGUCCAACUUACCUCUUCGAACGUAUCUCUCCCUAUGAGCCGCCCCGCAGAUUAAGAUCUUCCAGUGAGGCCCUGCUCUCGGUCCCGCCGCCGUCACAGGUGCAUUUGGCUGGAACGAGAGGGCUUUUUCGGUGGUGGCUCCGCGGCUGUGGAACUCCUUGCCAAGGGAGAUUAGGGGAGCCCCCUCACUCAUGUCUUUUAGGAAGCAGCUGAAGACUUGGAUGUGGGACCAAGCUUUUGGCCCAUCCUAAGAUACGGUUGAUAUAAUCUGAUGUAUUCGCUGGAUUAAUGUGUAAUUGAAUACAGACUGGCUCUGACUUUUGGCCCAAUGCUACUGGCCCUGUUGUAAUGGCCACACAGUGUUUUACUGUUUUAAAUGGGGUAUGAUAUUGGUUUUUAAGUGUGUUUUUACGAUCGUUUGUUUUACUAUAUUUUGUAUAAUAUGUGGCAUUAAUUUUGCCAUUAUGUAAGACCGCUCUGGGUCCCCCUGGGGGAGAAGAGCGGUAUAUAAAUUAAAUAAAUAAUUAAAUAAAUAAAUAAUUAUGUUAAUGAAACAAAGUUUGUAACUUUUCCGCCAUUAAAAAGCAAAAGUGUCACUCUGUCACUCAUGGAAGCAAUUUAGGAAUAUUUUUGGAUUUUGGAGUUCUGGGUAAUGGAUACUCAAAACAGUAUAACAUUCUGCCUCCUAUUUUUCCAACUAUCAGUUUCGAGACAUAAGCUCGGAAAGCACUCUUUUGAGUUGUAUACCCUAUUUACUCAAAUCUAAUGCUCACCUUUUUUGCUAACUUAUCUUGCUAAAAUUAGGGUGUGCAGUAGAUUCAUGUAAUACAGUAAUCUUAGUGCUAAGCCAAAGCAAAAGAGCAAGCAGCGUCCUGGAGCUUCUAUUUGAGAGACGUCAUCUCUAAUUUAACAGCCUCAAUGCUAUGCGAUUCUGGGAUUUGCAAUUUGGUGCGGCAUCAGCAUUUUAUGACAGAGAAGGCUCAAGACAUUGUGAAACUAAUAUAAUAAUAAUAACAAUAAUAAUAAUAUACAAUUUUAACCCAUCCUCUCUCCUCGAAAGGACUCGGGGUGGUUUACACAUCCAAAAGGCAAAUAUUGAAACUACAGCCUUCAUGAUUUCAUAGCAUUGAACCAAGGUAGUUAAAGUGGAUUCAUUCUGUGGCAUAGAUGCACCCCAAGUUUUUCUUUUCCAUUGGUGGAAGCUCUGGUAAUCAAACACUUUUGUUUUUAAAGAAGGAUUUCUAAGCAGGCAGAAGCUGUAAUGGCAGCUGUAAUGUGUUUCCUUCUGAAAUACUUCAAGGCAAAUUUGUGGGAGUCCCAUACAAUGCAAGAAUUUGCCCAUGUAAUAACCAUGAUGUUGAAUGUAUGUAUCACAUCUUAUUGCCCUGCAGUUUUUACAAGUAGACUCAGCUAGAUAUUAUAAAAACCCACUAUUGGGCAACGUACUCAGUAGAGCUGCCCAAUUCCAAGUAAAAAAGUUUUAGGUGACAAUUUCCCCAUGUGACCUUGGCUAUUGCCAAGUUUCUCUCUGAGAUAGCUAGAAUUAGACAACUUCCUGUAUUAGAAUCAGGUUGAACCUUAUAUAUAUAUUUGCAGUGUUUUUACCCUUUUUCAUAUGCAAAAACACACCCUGUUUUUAAGUGAUCUUAUCGGUUUAUGAAUUUGCUGUGCACUUUUUCCGCUGAGCAGAUUGGGUCUUUGGACUGUAAUAAAGAUUGAUGAUGAUAUAACAAAGAGUACAGUUUUUGCUGCUGUGCAUUACAUUUGUCAGCAUUUUUUUUGUUGGUUUUCAGGGUGUUGAAAAUGGAGGUGCGCAUUCGUUUUGAUGGUGCAUUAGACUUGAGUAAAUAUAGGGUGUAGAUCAAUAGGUACUGCUCCGGCAGGAAGGUAACAGCUCUCCAUGCAGUGUCUACAAACAACGCCGGCUCUUCGGUUUAGAAAUGGAGAUGAGCACCAACCCUCAACGUUGGACACAACUAGACUUAACGUCAGGGGAAGCCUUUAUCUUUACCUUUAACACUUUGAGACUUUGUCUCUUCUCUGCAUCCCUUCUGUUUGACUUUACAAGUCCUCACUGCUUUUCCCCACUUUUGAUCUAGCAUACAGUCACUUCCAACAUGGAAAGGCAAACCAGUAUUCCAAAAUAAUAUCCCAAGUGUGAAACCAAAUAAUUUCAUUGUAUUGUUUAACAAAAAUGGAAAGCCUUCCAGAAAACAUCAAGUUUGAAUAUUGUUUUUUUCUGAACAGUGACUUGAGCUCAAAUAUAUUGUCAGAUGAUUGGUCUCAGUUUUUCAGUACAAAAUGGCAGAUGCUUCUGAAAUGGGUUGUAAUCUACUGAUAAACUGUCCAUGCUGCUGCACCUUUUUCACUCUCUUACUGAAAGAUCCAAGUAGAACAAGUUUUGAUAUUAUUUGUCUAAUGCUGGGAAGUGUAAGAAAAUAAUUAAAGUUGUCCUGCCAGAA